AUGGUCAUGAUUCAAAUAGAGUGCAAAAAUAGUGACGGAAAGUGUAUCGGCAGUAGUAGUGGUGGUCAACAGAAUAAAGGGAUCGUAGCGAUGAAUGUCUCUCUCUUUCUCAUUCUUCCGAUUCUAUUGCCGUUACUUUUGGUGCAGACAUUGUUGAAGACAUCGUCGUUGAGGACAACCGCCGAUGAAAGCAGUUAUGAUAUGAUUGAUAAAGAGUUGGACAAAGAAGUGGACAAAAAAUUCUUCCGAUUCUAUUGCCGUUACUUUUGGUGCAGACAUUGUUGA